UUUCACUCUUCACUUCCCAUGGCUCUACCUGGUCCAUCCGAGAGAAUAUCACCCUACAGUCCAUCUCUCUCUGUCCAUCUUCAAUUCUUACUGAAUUAUAUUCAGAUCUGCCCAUCAACCCAAAACAAUCACCACUCCAUCUCGGUUAAUUUCCCCACACGCCAAGUCAUCAGCAGUCCUUCCUGCGGUUCCUCUGGUAACCCUAGAUCGAGGAAACCGACAGCUUUGCUCUGGUUAUUUUUAUCCUUACCCGGAGCUCUCCUCACGACAGCACAGAGUCCUGCACCUCUAGCCCGGAUUACUAUACUGUUUUCGACCAAGCCAAACACCGCCACUGCUCUUCUCCGGGCACAGAUCGAGCAGCAGAGUGAUCUAAUCUGAUCGACAGGCUUGCGUAGUCGCUGGCGGGUUGGGGAGGGAUAAUCCCUCUUCCACCUCCAAUUGGUCUCGAAUGGGUGAUUCCAGCGGAUUAGACAUGGUUUCCUUCCUGUGCGGCAUACUCAACGGGGUAACUCCGAUGCGAAAUCGAUCUGGUUCGCUUUCCAAUCCGUCCACCGUUGGUUUCUGUACUACACACUCGGUCAGUUACAUAUCACGUAGUACCGUAGAACAUCAUCCUACGGCCAAACCCUCGCCAACCCUCGCACUCCCCUCUGCAUAUCCCCCGUCCCCAACCCCGCCUCGUAAUCAAACCCAUGCUCCCCGUCCGGCGCCUCAGACGAGGUAGCCUCCGUGGAAUUGCACGAUGAGGGGGUAUGUGGCGUUACUGCCGACGAUGGACUUGGGCACGAGGAUGGAGAGGGGAAUUGGCUGGCCGUUGACUAUUCGAUAGUUGGUGUCGUGGAUGCGGAAUUGCUCGAACAGAGAGUGAUC